AUGAUGGAGGACAACCAAGCUGCUAUAAAGGAGAUCGACCACGAAGCCACGUCGAGCGCACAGAAGCAAGUCGACGUGAAAAUGGAUUCCGUACUUGACACGAGCUCCAAGGUCAUCAUGAAGCCCGAGUACAUCGCGACCAACAAGAUGAUCGCGGAUCUAUUGACAUAA